AUGACAAUUCGGCCGGCUUCCUCAGCAAGAUGUGAAAAUCGUCCAGCGAUUUUCUACACCCACGGUGGCGGAAUGAUCGCAGGUAAUCGAUUCCUCGGGAUUGGUGUGAUUCUCGACUGGGCGGAAGAAUUUGAUAUGGUCUGCGUGUCAAUUGAGUAUCGAAUUCCUCCCGAGCAUCCGGACCCGACACCAAUUGAAGACUGCUAUGCGGGACUUAAGUGGACCAGCAUGAAUGCUAAGAGCCUUGAGAUCAAUCCAGAUUGUCUGAUGAUUGCGGGAUCAUCUGCUGGAGGAGGACUGGCAGCAGGGACAGCGCUGGCGGCUAGAGAUCGCGGUGGACCGCUGCUAUGUGCCCAGGUGCUCAUUUGUCCCAUGCUAGACGAUCGCAACGUUACAGUUUCGAGCCAGCAGUAUGUUGACGAAGCCUUCAUCGAUGUUGGCACAGCCGAAGUUUUCAGAGACGAAGCCAUUGCAUACGCGACCCUUCUCUGGAAAAGCGGAGUCCAGGCUGAAUUGCAUGUCUGGUCUGGCGGGUUCCAUGGGUUCGACCUUCUAGCGCCGAAUGCAACUCUGUCAAUCAAUGCACGUGAAGCAAGAUCGGCUUGGCAAACAACCAUGCUAACCACCUUUUGGCUCUUCGAAGCAGAACAGCUGAACAGCUAUACCCAAUAG